CAUAACCCAUAACGCAGUCGGCUGGCAUAUUUACGAUUACGAGGUGGAGUGUGAGAUGUUCGUCUUCUACACAGAAGGAUUUUGAAGCCAACAAAGCAUAUAAAGAACGAAGUAUUCGCCUCCAUGUCUCCUUCUGAUCAAUCUCACACAGCAAUCAAAUAUUAAUCAAAAUAAUUCUCAACAAAAUCUGCUUUUCUUCCACGCAACCAAACCCCCCGCCCCUCUCUUUCGGGUUUUCUCUGCAAUCAAUCCUUGCUUCAACUGUUCGAUUGAUAUCCUUUUGUUUUGGAUUCUGGGUGAUAUAAAUUUUACUGGGUACCACGUAAUUUCAAAGUUCGGUACCUGCGUUUGAUUGUCUGUUCGCUUAAUCGGAGCUCUUCGUUCGUGGGCAGCAGAAUCUUUCUUUAAAAUACUCCUGGGGAAUGGACUGGUUGUUUUUGCCUGCUGAAGUUGUUUCUGAAUGAUGUUCAGUGGGCAAACGGGUUCUAAUGAUCUCAACAUUUUCAAAUGGAAAUGGCAUGGUGAAUCAUCCUUGAGGACAGGAUUGCUUCAGGAUGUGCGUCCUGAGAUUGAGUUGUCUGAUUAUGGAAGGGUACCAAGUCCCGGAAGCGAGAGCCCUUCUGGGCUUCUUAAUGGUGAGAGCUUGAACGUGGAACCAAUUGCUGAUUUGGACCUGUUUUUUGAAAGGAUAUACGGCUACUACUGUGAGAAAGGGCUUUGGUGCAUUAUCAUAAAGUGGAUAGUUGAGCUUCUGAGCCUGAGUUUCACUAUUUGUUUCUCCGGAUUUUUCUUAUUAUUUGUAGACUGGAAUGGUCUUCGUAAUGCAAAGUGUGGCAUGGAUGCGAUCGAAUCUGGAACUAAGCCUUGUGAUCUUGCUAAAGAAGCUCUUCGUCAACACCCACUAACUCCCCUAACACUUUCCAAGGCCAUUAUUGUUGUAUAUUUGGGGUUAUUUUCCAUUUAUUGGAUCUUCUGUUUUUUUAGGUUUUUUUCUCAGUUAAAGGUCACUCUAGGAAUCCGUCACUUCUAUUACAACAGUUUGCAUGUUACGGACAAUGAAAUCCAAACCAUGCCAUGGGCAACAAUUCUUGAAAAGGUUGUUCAAUUACAAAGCACACAGCAGCUCUGUGUGGUGAAGGAUCUUUCUGCGCAUGAUGUCGUAAUGCGCUUGAUGCGGAAGGAGAACUACUUGAUUGGGAUGCUGAACAAAGGGGUGCUUGCUUUCCCAUUCUCUCAGUGGGUCCCAGGGAUUGGUCCGACCAUCAGAUGUGGUUCUAAUGGAAAACAGAAUCGCCUAAUACUAACAAAAACCCUUGAGUGGACCUUAAAUUGGUGCAUACUACAGAGCAUGUUUGAUCGAAACUUUUGUGUUAGAAGGGACUUCAUUUCUAAUCCUAAAACACUGAAGAAAAGGCUUAUGGUAGUUGGCCUAGCAAUGCUGCUACUUUCUCCAUUUCUUGUUAUAUUCAUGCUGGUGUAUCUUUUCCUGCGACAUGCUGAACAAUUCUGUAAUCAUCCAAGCACAGCAUCAUCCCGAAGAUGGUCGAACUUGGCAAAGUGGACUUUUAGGGAAUUCAAUGAGGUUGACCAUUUGUUCAAGCAUCGGAUCAACAGCAGUGUGGUGCAUGCCACUGAUUAUCUUAAGCAAUUCCCGUCGCCUAUCAUAUCAAUAAUUGCCAAGUUUAUCUCUUUUGUUUCUGGUGGCUUUGCUGCUAUUUUGCUCAUCAUUGCAUUUCUGGAGGAAUCUCUGCUAGAAGGCCAGCUAUUUGGUCGCAACUUGCUUUGGUAUGCUGCUGUUUUCGGAACUAUAACUGCAAUCAGCCGGGCUGUAGUUAUGGAUGAGAUUCUGGUCCUUGAUCCAGAAGGUGCAAUGUCAAUGGUUGUCCAGCAUACACAUUAUAUGCCAAAGAAAUGGCGUGGGAAAGAAAAUACUGAAAUUGUCAGGAUAGAGUUUGAGACUCUGUUUCAGUACACUGGAAUGAUGUUACUUGAGGAGAUGGCUUCAAUUUUCCUCACUCCGCUCUUGCUUCUGUUUGUGGUCCCUAAGCGGGUGGACGACAUAUUGCAAUUCAUUGCGGAUUUCACAGUGGAUAUUGAAGGUGUUGGUCAUGUUUGCAGUUUUAGUGCCUUUGAUUUUCAAAACCAUGGCAAUAGCAAUUAUGGUUCACCAUCUCAUACACCACGAAACCAGAGGAGUUCCCAGGGAAAGAUGGAGAAAUCAUUCUUAAGUUUUCAAACAAGCUAUCCUUCAUGGGAACCAGACAUCCAGGGAAAGCAAUUCUUGUUAAAUCUUCGAACAUUCAGGGAGCAGAAGUUGCAAGGACCGGGAAUGAGACAUUUAUAUUCUCCUCCUAGAACAUGGCGAGGUAGCCCUCACUUGAGAGGUCAUGGGGACAGAGACAGCACAUUUUUAAGGGAAAUGUCCCAGUAUAUUCCCAGAACUGGCUCUCAGUUGGGAUCUCUUUGGCUAAUUGAUGCAGAUCAAAAGAAUCACCCCUACCUUCUCGAUUGGUAUUACACCUCUCGGCCUCAUCAGUCUGCAAAUUAUUGUAGAGAUCCUCCAAGGGAACAAUCCGAAGUCCCUGAGGAACAUCCUGGAGAUUAUUGGAUGCCAUCGAACAUGACACAAGGCAAUGCAAAUUAUGAAGAUUACUGGGAUCACCAUUGUGGAGAUCAUUCAGAAUCUCAUAUGGGGGCUUCUACAUCGGGCCCUUUAUUCCGUGAGAGCAUACUUCAGCAUCAUGAUUCCGGCAAUUUUGGACAACCUACUAAAAGCCAUUGGUGGGCUAGAAGUGGACCGGUUGGUGGAAAUCCCCAAGCAAGUUUUCUUGAGCCUCCUGAUUUCAACCGGUACACUUCUGAUAAGCAUAAUGAUAAAUUUUCUGAUAGAAGCUUAGAGGAGCAAGAUCAAAUCUUGGACUGGGGGAGUUCAUAUAGGUUAUCACGGAUCACUGGUCACCAUUGUGGAGAUCGAUCAGAAUCUCAUAUGGGGGCUUCUACAUCGGGCCCUUUAUUCCGUGAGAGCAUACUUCAGCACCAUGAUUCCGGCAAUUUAGGACAACCUACUAAAAGCCAUUGGUGGGCUAGAAGUGAACCGGUUGGUGGACAUCCCCAAGCAAGUUUUCUUCAGCCUCCUGAUUUCAACCAGUACACUUCUGAUAAUCAUAAUGAUAAAUUUUCUGAUAGAAGCUUAGAGGAGCAAUAUCAAAUCUUGGACUGGGGAAGUUCAUAUAGGUUAUCACAGACCACUUGCAUGGACGACCUUGACCUGGAAUCCGGUGGUGAUAUUAAUCUUCCUUUUGAUGAUGUCUAUAGCAGACCUCCUGAAACUCCUACCAUAUACCUGGAUCAUCCCCCACGCUUUGAGUGACCAAUUCUCACUUUGUUUCUUGGAGGCUCACGUCUUCAGAUUCGCAUACGGGUUUCCGGGGCUGGAACAAGGCCUGGAUUUUAACUUGGCAAAGAGGAAACUGUAUUCUUUGAUGUAUAUAUAUUCAUUGUGAAGUCAGUUUCUGCGUAGGCCUCAACUUGAGAGAUGGCCUACCUUACAGAAUAUCAUUCGAAAGGGCGAAAGACAAUUCUAAUCCAUUGAUUGGAUUUCAUUCCAGUUAUUCUCAAAUCUGUUAGAAUAUAUAAGUAUCUCUUAACUCUAUUAAUUGCUGUUCUUAA